UAGAAGCUGCAAUUUAAAAAAAAAACAAACCAAAAAAAUAAACUCCCGGCGAAAAAAAGUAAAAAAAGAAGAUGGACAUGUUCUUCGACCAUGAUUUGGAGAGCCAUAUGAACAGUUUCUGGUACGAGACUCUUCCGGUGAAUCAAAGCGCUUUUGUGCAGUACAACACGAGCACGAACAGACCCAGAAGCGAAUUCGGGCAACAAGAAAAUCAUGGUUGUAUAUCCAACGUUAACACCAUGAACAUGAACAAGAGGAUGAUAGAAUUCUGGAAAAGAAUUUGUCCCCGGAGGAUUGGUAAUGGAACAGAGCAAGAGCUUGAGAGAGAAAGAUGUUACAGGCACAUGAUGUGCGAAAGGAUGAGGAGAGAGAAACAGAAACAGAGUUACUCUGCUCUGCAUUCUGUUCUUCCAAUUGGAACCAAGAACGAUAAGAAUUCUAUAGUUCAUGUUGCAACCAUGAAAGUGAAGCAGCUGCAAAGAUAUAAGGAGGAGUUGAUGAGGCAGAAUAUGGAGCUUGAACAAGUUUUGGAAUUAAAAGAGAAGGAAAAGGCAAAGGGUACUAUGAUUAAUGUAAUGGUAAAUAAUCCCACUUCUGGGAUUGAUUCUAUGGUGGAGGCUCUUAAAUUUAUGAAACAGAACAGGCUCGAAGUUACAAACAUCCAAUCAGUGUUCUCUCCUGAGGUUUUUUCUGCUCAAAUGGAAGUACAAACAGAGAUUGGUGGAGCCGAAUUAGAAGAGGCCUUGAAGUAUACGCUGGAGGAAGCUGAGAGGAAAUUUCAUUUUGGUUUUCCAGGAAAGUGAAGGAAAGUAGGCGGAAGGAAAUGGUGAUAAAAUAAUGUACAUUUAUUUGAAUAUCUUACUAUAAAAAAAGAUGUGGCAGUGUUAGUAGUUUACGCGUGCCCUCACUCUGCAAAAUAUUGAUGAUUGGUUAAUUGAUUUUUGGUCCGUGGAAGUUAGAGAAAUAAAGCUAGAAAAAUUACAUUGAAU